UCGCUCUUUAACAAGAGAAGCAGAAGUGGCUUUUUUUCUGCUCCUUACACCAAACAAACCCCAAUGAGGCUUCGUCUCUGUCGCAGCACCGGCAGCCACUGAUAGAAUAAAAGCCCUAACCCUAGUUGUCUUAGAGACUUGGUUUUCGAAUUAUAGCCAUGGCUUCUCGCAAGGUCUUGUCGUCCCUUCUUCGAUCAUCCUUACGCCGCUCCGGGUCGAGAUCCUCGAUCGUCAACCCUAGAACUCCAUCCCCAUCCCCCGUAUCUCGUCCUUCCCCCAAGGGUUUCCUCCUCAACCGCGUUGUAGACUAUGCGACUUCCGCUGCUGCUCCAGCACCGUCGGCUCCAUCGCCGCCGCCGACCAAGGGAGCUGGCCCUAGUGGCAAGAUCACCGAUGAGUUUACUGGGGCUGGCGCGAUCGGCCGUGUUUGUCAGGUGAUCGGUGCCGUCGUCGACGUUAGAUUCGACGAGGGAUUGCCCCCAAUUUUGACCGCACUCGAGGUUUUGGACAAUUCGAUCCGUUUGGUGCUUGAAGUCGCUCAGCAUUUGGGAGAGAAUAUGGUCAGGACCAUUGCCAUGGACGGUACUGAAGGGCUUGUACGAGGACAGAGGGUCCUUAACACUGGUUCCCCGAUCACUGUGCCUGUUGGUAGGGCCACUCUUGGUCGAAUUAUGAAUGUUAUUGGAGAGCCCAUAGAUGAGAGGGGUGAAAUAAAAACCGACCACUACUUACCUAUCCAUCGGGAAGCCCCAGCCUUCGUUGAGCAGGCCACUGAGCAACAAAUCCUUGUCACUGGAAUCAAGGUUGUGGAUCUCCUUGCACCAUACCAGAGAGGUGGGAAGAUUGGGCUGUUUGGUGGUGCUGGUGUAGGAAAAACAGUGCUUAUUAUGGAGCUGAUUAACAAUGUUGCCAAAGCUCAUGGUGGUUUCUCCGUCUUUGCUGGUGUUGGAGAACGUACUAGGGAGGGUAAUGAUCUCUACAGGGAAAUGAUUGAGAGUGGUGUCAUUAAGCUAGGGGAUAAGCAGAGUGAAAGCAAGUGUGCACUUGUGUAUGGUCAAAUGAAUGAGCCCCCUGGUGCCCGUGCCCGUGUUGGCCUUACUGGCCUUACUGUGGCUGAGCACUUCCGAGAUGCUGAAGGGCAAGAUGUGCUUCUUUUCAUCGAUAACAUAUUCCGUUUCACACAAGCAAACUCUGAGGUGUCUGCUUUGCUUGGCCGUAUCCCAUCUGCUGUCGGUUACCAACCAACCCUGGCAACUGAUCUUGGAGGUCUGCAAGAACGAAUUACUACAACUAAGAAAGGUUCAAUUACAUCUGUACAAGCUAUUUAUGUGCCAGCUGAUGACUUGACGGAUCCUGCUCCUGCAACCACCUUUGCCCAUCUGGAUGCCACCACUGUGUUGUCCCGACAGAUCUCUGAGCUCGGUAUCUAUCCUGCUGUGGAUCCCCUUGAUUCUACAUCUCGUAUGCUCUCUCCUCAUAUUUUAGGAGAAGAACACUAUAAUACUGCUCGUGGUGUUCAGAAGGUUCUUCAGAACUACAAGAAUCUUCAGGAUAUCAUUGCCAUUUUGGGAAUGGAUGAGCUCAGUGAAGAUGACAAGUUGACAGUUGCCCGGGCCCGUAAAAUUCAGAGGUUCUUGAGCCAGCCAUUCCAUGUGGCUGAAGUUUUCACGGGUGCUCCUGGAAAGUAUGUGGAAUUGAAAGAAAGCAUUACCAGCUUCCAGGGAGUCUUGGAUGGUAAAUAUGAUGAUCUUCCUGAGCAAUCAUUUUACAUGGUUGGAGGAAUUGAGGAGGUAAAUGCCAAAGCUGAGAAGAUUGCCAAGGAGUCUGCUGCUUGAUAACACUUAAUCUCUCCUUGUCCUUGUUUUUUUUUUUCCCGCUUGCGUGGAUGGUAGACAACAAUUGUCAAUAAUUUAGUUGGUGUUGACAAUGCCUGCACCAGGAGUUACAUUUUUGAGAUCAAUUGUGUCUAGUUGUUUUAGUUCUUUGAAUUUACUCGAGGAUUGUGGUAGGCAGAGAAACGAGCAAAGGGCCUCCUGCCCUCCUGCCAGGCUGGUUCCUUUUUUCAUUGUUUAAUAAGAAGAAAAAGAAAGAACAACGAGGACAUGUCUAUUUAUCUCCUGCGUUCACUUCCACACAGGUUGGUUAUUGAUCAGAAAUGCCUAAUUCGAAAUGCCAUGAGCUAGUUGCUCGA